CUAAAUAUACCUUCUUUGUUAAAAUAAAUAAAUAGUAAUUUAUAGAGAAGGUUGUAAAGCCUAAUUCAAUUAAUUGCACCUCAGAUUUUUGAUAUGCCUAUUACCUAUUUAUUUUUGUGUAAGCUAUUUAAAAAAAAAUAUUUUUCUAUUAAAUAUAGAAAUCAAAAAUAUGGACAAUGUGGAACCUCUGAACACUGAUGGUGGUCGUACAGUAAAAAUGGUUGUGGACUACACUGCUAUGUGUGAUGAAACAAUCGCCGUCGCCGAAAGUUUGGCCUCCAGCGGUAAAAUACAAGAAGCAUUGAAUACGUUAUACAUGCUUCAAAAACAAACUAUAAACGCAUCUGAUUUGGCUUCAACUACUCGACUUAUGAUGACUAUUAAAAAACUAUGUUUAGAAGUUAAAGAAGGGUUAUCAUGGAUGAAACUUGAGUUAGAAGCUAUUAUGAAAGAAUGUUCGACGUUCAAUGCCCGAAUUCAGGUUGAACAAACAGAAUUUACAAAACUUGCACAGAGGUUAGCUCAAAAUGAAGAAGUUGAAGGUGAUGUAACAGGUGUUGCAAGUAUCUUUCAAGAAUUGCAGGUCGAUGAUUCUAUAAAAACACCAGAAGAAGAUGAACUAUUAAAAUACAAUAAAAAGUAAACAAUAACAUACAUUAAAAUACUCAAUUAGAAGCAUACUAAAAAUGAAUACAAAAAUUGAAA